AUGGCACGCGUGCCCGCAUGUGUCUGUCUCCUCUGGCUAUUUUCCCUCAUCGUGGUCGUUGAGGCCACCGACUACCCAACUCUCACUGGCAAUCGGAGCGUCAUCGACUACACUACUUGUCUUCAAUAUCGCCUCGCCCAAGUCCGGGCUGGCAACUUGACGUCGAAUCAUUCUUACCGUAACGGCGGCGCUCUCGAUAGUCACGGACACAAUAUAUCGGACCGCACUAAGGCCACCUCUAUACCCUACGACUUAUGCGUCAACGAAUGCGGUGCUGGGCCAGAGUCCUUCGACUGGACUAUCUUCAGCACUAACCUCAGCACCUGGCUGCUACCAUGGCUCGCUCUGGUAUCUCAACUUCCAUUCGGUUCUCAAAGCCGACAACAGAACGUGCUCUCCAUCUUUCUCACCGUAGGCUCACCAGCGCUCGCCGCUUACUCGCUUAUCAUCUGUGUGCUCAACUGGGCUUGGGUCCCGCGCGCUUUUGAGGGCAUCCAAUACCCGAACGUCGAUCACGCCUGGCAUGUACUCGGUAGUCUGCAACACUCGCCCUUGCACGUGGAAAGGGUUGAAGGGAUGCUCGCUAGUCUCGUCGUCCUGCCGGAGAACGAUCAGUGGUGGGAGAACCUGGCAAAGGGACUGAACUAUGAGGAGACUUGGACAACCGCCAUCAUCCUCCAGACAGCCUGGGUGGUCAUUGCGUUUAUCCUCAACCUUGUCGAUUCUUUCCAAGACGGCAUCACCAACAACUUCGAGAGUAGCGGAAGGGGGACGGGGACACUCUUCCUCUGGCUCUUACCUCUCGUCAUCGGUUGGCAGCGACUCUCCCCCCGCUGUGACUACGCAAGGGUUCGCGACGCUCUUGAACGCGCUAACGAGAACGUUUACUAUGUUGCUGAUCACGUCAAGACCACCAUCUACAGACCUUAUGCGCCUCACGAGUCUAUCGCAUUCCCAUCUCCUCAGUCCAGCAGUAGUCUCUCGCCGCCCGCACCACUCAAGCUCCGCACCGCCGCUCCUAUACCCUCCCCCAGCAAGUGCCAGAAUCGGUUCCCAUUCGCCCUGCUACAGUGCGAUGAUGACCGAGGCGCCAGCGCACCCAUUUAUAGCGAUUCGCGCCUAUUACCGUGGUCGACUAGCGUCGAACUUGUGUCUGGUGCAUUCCGCAUCGCGGCAACAGUCAUGAAAGAACAAGGGAUCAAUCCGGCCAAGGAUGGACAGGCUCGACGCAGGUUUCUCGCCGAGGUCAGUCGCCGCAUUCAGCAGCACCAGUACCGGCUCAACUGGCGUACGCUCAUUCGACGAUGUGCCAUCGCCGGGGUGUUGGCAAUCAUUCUUCACUGGGGAGCCAUUGGAAGUGCGCUCAUAUACGCGUACUACACCUUCACAUCAGGACUUGGCUGCCGCGCCGUCUCAUUCUUACUCUACGCGGUGGUCGGGACAUUCAUCUGGCUCCUCAUCGUGUCCUCCUCCUUCAUCGUCCACUACGCGCAAUGGCUCGAACGUCAACGGCGCCUUCCUCGCCUCGAUACAUCUCGCUAUCACCUAUCCCCGGUCUUUGCACGCAGACUUGCGAAAGCCUUGCGCAUACUGGGCAAGGUGUUAGCCGUUUGCAACGCUGUCUGGAUAGUUACCUCUUGCCUGUUCCUGUUCUCCAACUUCUACACCCGCUGCUGGUGUGAUUCGAGUGUGCUAGGUCGCGGGGCAAAGAAUGCUUUCACCCUGAUUGCACCGGAUAAUGACGAUGUGACACAGCUGACCAACGCAUGGGUCGGAGCUAUCAUCCUGUCUCUGGGUGCAGUUGCGGCAUUCAUCGGCUUCGUCUAUAUGCACGUUGAACCCGUGCCACCGGAUCCACAUGCGGUUCAGCUUGAAGACCCGAACGCAUAUAUGGGUGAAGGAUACUUCCCGGUGGAGCGUCACGAUAGCGAAUAUGGGGUCAAGACUUCUCAUGUCUACGACCCGUAUAGUAGCCCGGAGAUCAAUGCCUUUUCGCCUGAAGGGAUACCCUUGAUGCCUUCCAGCUCGUCUCACUUGCCUCGUCUUUGA